AUGACACAAAAACGAACGCCACUCAACGAUCUAUUCCCAGAACUUUCUCCCAAUCACAGUUCACCUCACGAUUAUUCAACACCUCCUAAAAAACAAAAGAAACAACAAAAUCCAUCAUCUAAUGGUGUUGAUCAACAAGAACAAAAUACGAAAGUGGAAACUUUAUUGGAAACUAGUAAUUGUACAACAACAACACCUCACAACCAUCACACACUUUCUGCUGAUGACAUUUUUCUUGAAGAAAGUGUUGAUGGAGGAGUGGAUAAAGAAUCUUGUUCAUUCGAUAGUUUAGUUUCUAAUAAUGAAGGUAGCGAAAAUGGAGGACUGACAAGUCCUUCUUUUUCCUCUGUAGAUACAAAUAACAUUCCUAGUAGUUUAGUUUCUCCCUAUGUUUCAAAUGACACUCUAGAUAUUCGAAACAAGGAAGAAACACUUUUACAAGAAUUAGAUAAGUUUGUGGGUGAAAGUACACACGCACAACAAGCUCUGAAAACAAUACAACGCUGUUUUCUUAACAAGGUGGUCAGAAAAAACUUGAAAAAAUUGUCCACAAUGUGUAAAAAACGUAAACACGUAAUUAAUGAAAUAAUUUCAACUGAAAAAUCAUAUGUCACUGAUUUGAAAACAAUUAUGGAUGUUUUCUAUACUCCAAUUGUUAAAAAAGGAAUUGAAGCAAGUGAAAAUAUGGCUAGUAUUUUUGUAAAUGUAGAAAUGAUUUACAAUUUGAAUGAAAAAUUGUAUCAACGAUUGGUCAUUGCUCAAGAUCAUCAAGAAAAAUGUGAACAGAAACAAAACGAAAUGAUCAAACAAUUAGUUUCUGUUAUUAGAUUAUCUGCUUCUUCUGGUAAUUUGCAAAGUAUUGGAAGUGUUGGUAAUAUUGCUAGUAAUCAUACAGAUGCUGCAGAAUUUAGAAUGUCAGCAGUUCCAAUUGGUUCUUCACUUGACAGCUCAAGAAGAGCUACAAUUACAUCACCAACUGAACAUUCUGCAAGUGCACAAAGUUUAAAAAACAAUGUAACAACUACUAACAAUAUAUUCAAUGAGACAGCAUCAACAAAUUCCAAUCAAAAAUCAAAAAAUAGCAAGAAUAAGAAGGAUAAGAAAAAGUCAGGUGGAACAAUCAAAUCUUUGAAAGAUUUUAAAAACAAAAUUACACGUGGUAAACUUACCAAUUUGGAUAUUCCAAAUGGAGAGGCUCCAAAUAGUUCGAGAUCAACAACGAAUGGAAGUUUGACUCCAACAGGUCAAAUGAAAUCGUUUGGUGGAGCUUUUGCUGAAAUGGCCCCUUUUAUGAGAUUGUACACUGAUUAUAUCAAUAACUUUUCACAAGCAUCAAGUAUUUUGAAGGAUAGAAGAAAGAAGAAUCAACAGUUACAAAUCUAUUUAAACAAAUGUAAGGAAACAAGAGAAGAAUGUAGAGGAUUGGAUGUUUCUUCAUUCUUAAUCUUACCAGUUCAAAGAAUUCCAAAGUAUCAACUCUUAUUGAGAGAAUUACUGAAAUACACACCAAAAGGACACUCUGAUUACAUGUACCUUUCCACAGCUCAUGACACCAUGAUUCAAGUUGCUAAUCAUUUGAAUGAAAUGAGAAGACAGAAACUUGCCUUUACCAGAGUGAUGGAUAUCAAACAGAGAUUAACUGAAUUGAGUUUCCAAUUGGUUACAGCCAUGAAAAAUGCUCUCGUUGAAAGUCCAAUUGUGAAACAUAAUUUCAAUUCUAUUGAACAAGUUAAGAAUUCAAUUAUCAAACCGCACAGACACUUUGUGAAUGAAGUAUUGGUCAAUGUAAUAAGAGAUAAAGUCUCCCCUCUCAAAUUACAAUGGAUCGAUAAAGCAAUCAAUACAGACAUGCCACAAUCUGAACCAAUUCCAUUCGAAAGUUACCUAUUCAAUGACUAUUACUUGUUAAUCAUUAAGGGAAUCAAGAAUGAAGACAGAUCAGAGGAUUCAGCCGUGAUGACUCUUCCAAGUGCUUCCUUACAAACAAUGGCAACUGAUCGUUCUAAUUAUACUAUUUUUGCAAGAACUCCUAGGGAUACAGUUGUAGAUAUUAAUCAAAUGGAUGAAAUACUUGGUCAAAAAGAAUUGACUGCACCAUUCAUUGUUCAACCGUUCUACUUGUCAAUUAGUGAUUUCUCCAUCGUUGAUAAGGAUCCAUUGGCAAUGAGAUGCAAGGAUUAUAUCAGUGGAGCUGAAUUUAGAGUUUUCUUUGAAACAGAAGACAUCAGAAAUGAGUGGUACAAUAAUAUUACUGAUAAGAAGAGGCAAGAAAUUCAAAAACUCAUCAAGCAAAUGACUGAAAAACAUACCAAGGCCAAGUUUAGUAAUUUACCUGAAUAUCAUGGAAGUGAAACAGCUAGAGCCAGAGAUGUUGAGGAGACUGAACUGCACGCAAGAAACUUGUCCAUUGAAAAGUUUAGCAAAAUUUCUGAGUUUAUUCAAGAAAAGAUUAGUAUUCAAAACAGAUUUAUCAAGAUGAGAAUGGACUUUGAUAAGAUUAAGAAAACCUUUGAUAAGGACUUUGAAAAGUAUCAAACUCUCAAGAUGAUCCUAAGUAGAUUGAAAGACACUCCAGAUCUGUACGAAAAAAAACAAAAACAAGUCAUUGAAUAUGAAAAUGAAAUGGUUAAAACAAGAACCAGAUUGAAGGAUGCAAGUGAACGUCUCCAGAAGGGUGAAGGUGUCUUUAAUCAAAUGAUUGAAAGAACCAAAGAAUGCGAUGAAGUUAUUCUCAUGUGUUUGAGAAAUGAUAUCGAGUCAUUGACUGCAUUCUUUGGAGAUUCUCAAAUUUUAGAUCAACCUGAAAUUGUUGAUCUGAGAGACAUUGUAAUGAAGAUGCAAUCCAUUGAUAAUGAUGUUUUCUAUUUGGAAAUUGAACACAAAUUCCCAAAGCCAUCCACUCAACCAUUAUCUGUAUCGAGUAACAAUAUUAUUAUCAAUUCUAGUUUCCACAAGAUGAUUCCAAGUAGUGCUGAAUCAUCAAUGGAUGAUGAUACAACCAGUGAAACUGGUUCAACAAUGAGCAAUGCUCAAACUAUUGAAGAUGAAGAAGAUUUGAUGAAUACACCAAGUAAAUCAAAUAGCACACUAAGACCUGCCAACGUUCCAAAACUUCAAAUUUCUGCUGAACCACCAGUCAACUCUCCACAAGAUUCUCUGCAACAGUUGAAAAAGAUUGAAGAACUUGAAUUACUCAUCAAGACAAUCACUGAAGAUAGAGAUGAGUGGAAGAACAAGUUUGAAUCACUCUCGCAGGAAUUCGACACUCAAAAACAAAGUGUAACCUCAUUGAGUGAGGAAAAUACCGAUUUGAAGGAGGCCAAUGCAAUGCUUUCAUCCAAGAUUGAAACUCUAAAUGAUGAGAUGGAACAAUUGAGAGCACAAACCAGAAAGCAAGACUUUGACAUCAAUAAGAGAAGAUCCAAUAGUGUACCUAUCAAGUACUUGGGUGAUUCUCUCUCCCUUGAUGACGAAGAGGAUGAAAAUGAAACUAAUCACUCCCACGACAAGUUGACUUCACCUCGUUCAAGUACCUCCUCUGAGACUCAAAAGAUUGAUCUUGCUGUCGUUCCAACUGUUAAUCAAAUUGUUGAACAGUAUGAAAAGCAAAUUUUAGAAAUCAAGACUGAAAAUGACAAACUCAUUGAAGAAAUCGAUCAAACCAAGUAUCUUUUGGAGCAACUCAAGAAUGAAGCCACAGAAGAAAAGCUAACUUUCACACAACAAAUUCAAAACUUGAGGGCAACCAUUGAGAAUAUGACUAAUAAUGGUUAUAUUCCAUAUGUUGAUUCUGAUUUUGAAACUGAUGAGGAAUCAGCUCACUCACCAAGCUCUUCUCUAUCAUCUGAGAGAUCCAAUUCAAUUCCAAGAUUGGACACUUCAUCAACCAAUAGCACUAAAGUUAAAUCUUCAGGAAUGUCACAAGGAGCACUCACCACUCAACGUUCCCGCAUUCAGGAACAUGUCGAAAAGUAUGAACAAUUAUCUAGAAGUAAUCUUGACUCUUCUCGUAUUGCCAGGAACAAAUCCAAGUUUGGACAUGACAUGUUGGACGACUCUGAAACACAAAGUAUUGAUAACAAGAUUCUCAAAAUUACCAUUCAAACUGUACAAUAUCAAUUACAAACAGAGAGACAACAACACGAGCUUAGCAAAAAGGCACAAUCCUCUCUGAAGGAUGAAGUUAACAUUUUAAAGAAGAGACUUGAUGAAGCUAAUAAGGUGAUUGAAGAUAUGAAAAAGAUUGUCUUUACACAUUUUAAAGUUUAAUUU